AACGUAUUUAAAAAAAAUCACUCCGCGCAGGGCGCGGGUUAUCAUCUAGUUUACAUUAUAACAAACAAUUAAUCCAUUUAAUUUACCUUUACUUCUGUAAACUUGUAGUGUAACAAUUAUCCAUUUGAUAUGAACUUUACUAUCAUUGUGAUUUUUUGUAUAUUUGCAAUAAUCGGCUAAGGAUACACAUAAGAUUUAUCAAUACGUACACGAAGCAAAUAAUUUUAAUAAUAUAACGAAGUAAUAUGAUGUCACUACAAGACAACAGCCGAUUUGCAAGGGAAAAAUGGGAUUGCAAUAUUGCGUCGGCUUUCUUAGGGGCGAGUAACAGAGAAACUCUCUAAAAAACCCCUCAAAAUAAGUUUGUUACAUUUGUGAGUCCACUUAUCCUUCGAAAAAUUUCAAGAGAUUUAUAUAUUAGGGUUCCGUUGCAAAUCCCUCACAAAAUUACAAUGACAGUUUUUUCUCGCAAAAUUUGCGAAAGAAUUGCACUAGAGUUGCGAUACCUUUUUCUUCGCUACUUUCAUGAAAAUCCAUUUCUUUAAGUACUUAAUUAAGAUUAUACUACUCUCUACCGUAAACCUACUUGAAAUCAUUUUACCGUAAAACUUAAGUACAUUUCAAAUGGGCUUUGAAACCUAGUUUCAUGUGGAAUAACUUAUCCGUGAAAGAAAAUAAAACAUAGUGUUAUUGGUUUAUAUAUUUUGAUUGAUUUAGAAAUCCAUAUAAUAUUUAUAAAUCCAAGUAAAAUAUACAAAUUUUCAAAUUCUCUCGGAUUAGUACUUACAAAUCCAGAAGUUUUCCCUCAGAUUUGAUUCUUUGUAUUUUUAACAAAGAAUCCAUGCAAAUUCAUGCAAAUCCACUCAAAUCCAUUAUGAAAUCAAAUCUAUUAGUAAAUCUGUAUGAUUGAAUAACACUUAUUUGAAUUAGAAUUUAUAAAUCAUUAAACCAAUAACACAUGAUUUCAAUACAUAUUUUAAAAUCAUAGAAACAAUAACACUAAAUUUAGUUUGGAUUUUCAAAUCCAUCAAAAUACACCAACCAAUAACUCCUACUAAGUUACGUUGGUAAAUACUUCGUGAAACUAGCUCAAGUAUCUUAGACAAGAAUGGAAAACAUUUUGAUAAGCUGGAAUGAAUAUGUAAAUAUUACAUACUUCAAUUGUGAUCAGUACAUACAUGAUAUUCCAAAAGAUCAAUAAAUUUACUAAGAACGAAACAAGAAUCAAUAACAAAAAAAAGAUUUGAUUGUAUAAGUUAGACAGUUUUCUAAUGGAUAUUACAUGUAUCUAAAAGAAAAGUUUGGUCUUCGGAUACAUGUAAUCUCCAAAAGUCGAACUCCAUCUUUCUCUGAUACGUUUAGAACCAAGAUUAAAUGUAUCCAAAGAAACAAUCUAUAUCUUUCUCUCCAAUCCAGGUAGUCCUAGUAUAAAAUCCAAUAGAAAUAUCAAUCGAAAAUAGGCAAAAGAACUCUGAUACUAAAUGAUGUUGAUGAACAUACCCAAGAAUCUAUAAGAAGGUGAAUGGAUAGAUCCCCAGUUAAAAAGAAGUCCAAUAUUCUUACAUCGGAAUUUUGAAACUUGGUGGUGGAAACCUUAAUUUAUAAAAUUCUCAGAACAUAAACUUUGAAGUAUACUUUGAAUAAUUAGAGAGAUAUGUUCAUCUUUUGUAUAUAUAAUUUAUAUAGUUGUUUAUUUGUAAUAAAUCCUUAUCACUGCAAUACUGCAUCAUUUAAAUAAAUUUUUAAAUUUUAUAUAAACUUCUAAAACUUACUAUCAAAAGUUCUUAAAUUUGUCAUAUAAUAAUCAUGAUUUUGUUAUCUAUAUCUAUGUUAGUUUUUAGUUUAUUGCUUUUUAGUUAUCUACUUAUUUAUAUAUUAAGCUUUCGGUAAUAUAAUUAUAAUAUUUUGUAGUGAAAUUUAGUUCUAUAUUAAAACUAGUUAUUGCAAAAGUCCAAUUUGGGACAAAAUUUGAUCUUUUCUGAAUUAAAUGAAUUAUCUUAUUUAACUAAAAAUGUUACAUGUAUAUCAUUUUUGUGGAAAGAAGAGAUAAUUUUUUAAGCAUGGCAUUAGACUCAUAUCGUAAUGUUUCAAUCCAACUGUUUAAAAUCAACUUUAACCUAAAAUAGUCUCUAUCCUUUCUCUCCUCUCCCCAAAAACUACUAGUUUUAAAUAUAUAUAUAUGUAUAAAUAUAAAUAAGCAAAAGAUGCAGAAUAUCUGCCACUCCUAAAUAAGAAGAAAUAAAAAAAAUCUUCAUUUACCAAUAAUAUUAUAAACUUAUAUCUUUUUCUCUCUUUUAGUCUUAAAAUCUGAUUUUCCUGCUCUUGUCUCUAAAACAGUUAAUCUACCAUCUCUCUUUCUCUCUCUCCCUCUCCCUAUUUUAUUAUCUCCUGAUCAUCUUCCUUAAGGAGAGAUAAAAUGGAGCCGAAAUGGCUGGAAGCUCUCUUAAGAACAAACUACUUCAACAUUUGUCCUCGACACUGCGAGACACCGCGAAAUGAAUGCAACAUGUUCUGUCUCUCUUGUCAAAACGCUGCGUUUUGCAUCUACUGCCGAACCUCCCUCCACAUUGAUCAUCCCGUCCUUCAGAUAAGAAGAUCGUCGUAUCAUAAUGUGGUUAGAGUAUCGGAGAUAGAGAAGGCAUUGGACAUAAGAGGAGUACAAAAUUAUGUCAUCAAUAGCGCGAGGGUUCUCUUCUUGAACGAGAGACCUCAGCCUAAGAAUUCUUCUCAUGGCGCCACGUCAUCCACCACCAAAACCAUUUCAUACUUCUGCGAGACUUGUUGCAGAACGCUUCUUGAUCCAGCUCGCUUCUGUUCCUUGGGUUGCAAGGCUGAAGGAAUGAGGAAGAAUAAGGAAGAGGAAGAAGAGAGAUUGCGUAAAGAAAGACAACAAGAAACGCACAAAGGCACGCAUCCUCCAACUCAUACUUCUAAUUCUAGGCGACGUAAAGGCACUCCUCAUAGAGCUCCUUUUGCUUCCUAAUUAAAUCAAAUCUUUUUCGAGAAAUUAGAAAAAAAUAAACUUUCCUUUGAUUUAUCUAAUACAAUUAAAUGGUCCACCCAAAUUAGCAUAAUAUAUGCGUAUUGGGUGGGUGUUUAUAUAUUUUUCACCAAUUUGUACAAAGUCCAGCUCACUUCUCACAAUCAUCUCACAUGGGAACAACAAUUUGUAUAAAAUAAAAUCGUAAAUUUACCU